CUUCUCUCCAAUUUUGUGUCUUUUGUAGCACAACUAUUCUCAUAUGAAACUAUUUUGUUUAUUACAUCUAUGCCUUAUGGCUUUAACUUAUAGCAGAGCUGCUUUAGUAGCUUUAUCUAACGGACUGACAAGAACUACGCUCCAACCAAAUCUUUGGCGUUCAUUGUGCAACAUUGGAAUUUCAAUCACUAAACCCACUCGGCGAGGCUGUCGUGCAGGUGUAAGGAAGUGGAAAUCAAGAACUUUUCCUGAACUCAAUUCUUCACCUACAACAUUAUUUGACUGUUCAAGUAGUGGAACUUUGCCAUCUAAUUUGUCUUAUUCCACCCAAGAUGAAGGAAAUUUGCAUAAUGGAACYUCGACAUUAUUAAAUUUUCAAGUUAACACCUCUGACUGCUACGAUCAAAACACCAGCAUUCCAGCAUUUAUUCAAGAUUCAACUUGCUCUGACCAACAACAAAUCAAAGUCAUAUCUUCUGGAGCAGUGAACMAUGUCCCAGUUACUGCAAGAUCAGCAUACGGCCAAAGUCGCAAUUUUAACAAUCUUAUCACCAUCCCUACUAAGACACAAUCUAAAUCCUCAAAACAUCUGUUUGUUCCAUCAUUUAUGCUGUCAAAUGUGAUGUCCUUAGCCCCAAAAAUCGAUGAGGUUCGUGAAACUGUUCGCCAUGCAAAUUUCGACCUUGUCUGCAUAACUGAGACAUGGUUGAAAGAUCACAUCGACAAUAAUGUCAUCGCAAUCUCGGKUUAUAACGUAAUACGUCGUGACCGUUACGACGCAGAGCAUGGUGGAGUAUGCGUAUACAUCAAAGAAUCUAUCCAGUUCAAAGUUCUUGAAGAUAUUAUGAACGAUCAAUUUAAAGUGCUUUGGACUCAACUACGACCAUCACGGCUCCCAAGAGGAAUCACUUGUAUUGUUAUAGGAACAUUAUACCAUUCACCUAGCGCGACUGAUACGCCUAUGCUCGACUACCUCUACGAUUGUUUAUCUCUAAUUGAAUCUCGAUUCCCUGGAUGUGGUGUUAUUUUACUUGGUGAUUUCAACAAAAGUCUUUUCAAGAAAUGUUCACGCCUAAAAACUUGUUUCAAAUUACAACAGAUUGUCUAUUUUCCAACGCGUGGGGCCAACACCUUGGAUCCUGUCUUUACAAAUCUAAACAAAUUCUACGAUUCACCUAUCCAACGUCCUGCUUUUGGUCUGUCCGAUCAUUACUCCAUAGAAGUUCAGCCUUUAGAGCGAACUAAGCAUCCCAAAUCCAAGAUCACAAUCAUGUCAAGAGAUGUACGACCUACAAAGCGUUUAGCAAUGCGAACAUAUCUGGAGGAAGUAAACAUCAAUUCAUUGAUUAGCAGUAACGACACUUGCGAUGGUAAAGUUAGAAUGUUAGAGAACGUUGUCAACACUGGUGUUAAUAUUCUUCUCCCAUUAAAAAAGAAGACCAUUCAUCCUAACGAGCCGGCCUGGGUAAACCGAAAGUUGAAGUACCUCAUUAGUUUGCGUCAGAAAAUUAAUGAAUUGAGCGAGGAAGUUGACCUACUGAAACCUUAUGUUCCAUGUCGUACAUUAAGAUCGUCAUCUAAGCUAGAAAAGCUGAGAGUGGGAUGGCAAAGCUAA